AUGCAAGGAGAGGUUGAAGAAAUGCUAGCUUGGAUGUUGGAGUUAAAUGAAUCCAGUCAUUUGUUGGACUGGCUGAUGUCGCAGUGCUAUUCACAACCGAGUGUUGUGGCGGCAAGAUGCUUUCGAGCUCUUGUCCGUGUUUUCUCGAAGCGUGAUUUCCCGUGUGAAUUCAUUUCUCUUUUCGUCCUUUGUCAAGCAAUGCUUGGUGAUCCGGCUGUAACAGAUGCUGCUGUGCACAUGAUCGAAAUCCUCAAGAGGCAAUUCCUCGACAACAGCAUGGUGGUAUCGCCGCAAUUAGUACCGGCUUCUAAUAACGUCACACCAAACGUUCAACUAAGACCUACAGUUGUUCCCGACACUCAUACUCACUGUUUGCCGAUGGAUCAGCAAGCAGUGUGCCGGAAUCUCGCAAACUCUUAUCCACACCUUACCAUCACUAUAUUCAGCGGCCCUCGUGGAUGGGGAUCUGAGGAAGCUACCCAAUUGCUUCUGAACAAUCUCAUGUACCUGACGAUAUGUUUGGCUCCCGACCAUGAGCACGAAUUGGCUGACCUUUGGCGAGCACUUGCUCUAUCGUAUCCUGCAAAUUUGCCAGUGAUUCUCAACUAUCUCUACGUAGUGACGGAUUCUGUUGUGGAAGUUGUUUCACCGAUGCGAGAUUCUCCCAUGGGUGAUCGCUUUGCUGCUGCUUCCGAAGAUGCGAGCAAAGAGGGCGUUCGUCUCCUUCCGUGCUGCUAUAACGAGAAAAGGGAUAUUAUUCAAGCUGAUGGCACAUAUCUUCCACGACAACCAGCCUGGAGUAGGAGUGUCACGUGUUUGAUAUUGGGACAUAAUACGGUCAUCAUGAUGUGGACUGGACCGAGCUCUCCCACGAUUGCUCCAUGCGGCCGUGCUCUCCCUUGA